UGUCGAUGGUUGGUUGUUUAAUGGAAUAAUUGAGUUGCCGAGAAGUGGCGCGUCCUAACAUUGAGUUUUGUAUGGAGCACUAUAAAUGGAGAAAGUGAGGUGUUAGUUAAUUAUUGAUAACUGACACGACUUGAUACUCAAUACGGUGGAUACAGAAUGGCAGAUUCGUCUUACGAAAAGGGACUUAGCGAACUGUCGAAGAUGAAGGUAGCUGAUUUAAGAGCCGAAUUAAAGCAAAGAGGACUUCCCAGUACAGGCAAUAAAAAUGAAUUAGUUGAGAGACUUCAAUUAGCGAUGCAUGGUGAUUCUACAUUAUCCUUAGAUGAAACUGCAGAAGAGAUUUUAGAUGAAGAUGAAGUCCUUGGAGAUGAAGAAAUAGAAGAACUGUCUAGUAAGCCAGAUUCACAAGAACUUCCUGAAAAACGGAAAUUGUCCACAGAUAGCAACAAUGGUAAUGCAAAAAAGAUAGUAUUAAAUCGCAAAUCUGUACUGGAGGAAAUCAAGAAUGAUCAAGUUGAAAAGAAUGAAAAUAAAAGUGUAAAAUCUCCAGAGGCUGUACCAUCUGAGAAGAAGAUCAUUAAAUUAUCAGAGCUUGGUGUGAAAGAGAGACUAGAGAUGAGAGCAAAGAAAUUUGGAGUACCAUUAUCUGAAGCUGCAAAGAAGGAAGCUAGAUUAGCUCGAUUCAAUGUAAACAAUCAAAAUAAUAAAUCAGCAGCAUCUAUAAAAACACCUGUGCAUACUACUUAUGAGGUAUUGAAGAAACGCGCAGAAAGAUUUGGCACAUCAGUGUCUACUCUAAUGGAAAAGGCUGAAUUAGCAGAACGACUAGAGAAAAGAAAAGCCAGAUUUGGCGAAGUAAAACCUGAAGAUAAAGUGUUUCACAAUAAAUACAAGAUUGUUAAAUGAUACUCAGUAUUGUAUACCAAAACAUCAUUCUAGAUUUUGAUUUCUAACUUAAUUUACUUAUUUUGAAGAUAAAAUAUAUGUAUAAAAAAAUAUAUA